CGCGAAGCCUUUGUCUUUGGUGCAUAUAUGCAAAACUUAGAAGCCAUUUACUGAGAAAGAAAAAGUUGGAAUUUUGCUCCACCAAUCAUGAGUUCAUCACGAACAACUGUGGGAGAGAUUUAUCGCCAGUAUGGCACGGUUUGGUAGCGGUCGCGUCCUCUGCUUGGAUGAGGCGAUUCUUCCACUUUCAAAAGGAGAUUUUGAUGUUUAAUAUCCCUUAAAGGUGCGAUUUUGAUGGCCUUUUUGGUUGGUCUCUUCCGACGGUGUGAAGCGGCGUAAAAAGAAAGAUGUGUAAUAAUCAGAUUGUGGAAAAGGAAGAAGGCAAAGAUUUCAGUAUUGGAGAGAUGGAAGAAGGUAACAGAUUGGUGCAUGAUUCACUUUCUACGGUUGCACUUGCCAUAGAUGGGACAAAAAAAAGCAAGUAUGUGAUCCAGUGGGCUCUGAAUAAAUUCAGAGAUGAGGGUAGAGUUAUGUUUAAACUCCUACAUGUUCGGCCAAGGAUUAAGAUGAUUCCAACACCAAUGGGGAAUCUCCCUGUUAAUCAAGUGCGAGAAGAUGUUGCCUCUGCAUAUAGGAAGGAACAAGGAUGGAGAACCCAAACAAUGCUUCGUCCCUACAAGGAUAUGUGUUUACAAAACCAGAUCGAAACCAAAGUUGUGGUACUUGAGGCAGAUGAUGUAGCUGAAGCGAUAGCAAAAGAGGUCACAGAAAAUUCUAUCAGCAAGCUUGUGAUAGGUGCUUCUUCCAGAAAUGCAUUAAUGAGGAAGUUUAAGGGAAGCAACUUGCCAACCAGAAUUGCCGAAUGUAAGCCAAGCUUUUGCACAGUUUAUGUUGUCUCAAAGGGUAAACUGUCAUCUAUUUGUGCAUCGGUAUCUGAGAUGGAUGAGACUGCAUCCACAUCAAUAACAGAUGAUAGUGCUAAAGAAGAAAAUGAUUCCAGUGGACUUUCUAGCAGUUUUUCAAGCAAUUCUAGAAAUCCUAUAUCAGGCUCGGGUGCAGAAGUAAAGUCCUCCUUUCGGCUCACUUGUCUGCCACAACUUCAGCAGGAAGCCUUUAUCAGUAAAGAUUAUGGUAGAUCCAAUUCAGUUGAUACUCUUCUAACUGGAAACAUGUCUCUGCUUGAAGAUUCUAGAAUUUCCAGUUCUUAUGUAUCAGAGAGUCAAUACAGUAACAGUAUAGCUAGUCUGAGAAGCUAUCAAACGGUUAAGUCAUGGAAUUUUACUACGAGUUCGACAUCCCAUAGUUCAAAAGAAUAUUCACCAUCAGGAAAUGAGGGAGACAUAGAUCUUGAGCUCGAGAAGCUGAGAACACAACUCAGGCAUCCUAUGGGGUUGUUUAAAUUUGCUCCGAAUGAGUUGCAUUCUGCUUCCCAACAACUGCAUGACAUACAUGAGCACGACAGUGAGGAAAUAUUUAAACUCCAUGAAACAAGGUCUAGAUUAGAGAUGACCAGUAAGAUCGCUCAACUAGAAAAUGAAAGACAUGAAGACAGUGAGAAGCAAACUCCUGAAAGGGAGCUUGCAUGUAGUAGUGAGCCUUAUAUGAAGUACAAUUGGGAAGAGAUAGUUGAUGCUACCUUAUCAUUCUCUGAUGCUCUCAAGAUUGGAGUUGGAGCAAAUGGAACUGUUUACAAGGGAAUUUUCCAUCAUACAGUUGCUGCAGUGAAAGUAUUGCACUCCAGUGAGGGUUCUAACACCAGGCAGUUCAAUCAAGAGCUUGAGGUUCUUAGUAGAGUUUGUCAUCCACACGUGCUCCUGCUGCUUGGUGCAUGCCCUGACAAGGGCUGCAUUGUUUAUGAAUAUAUGGAAAAUGGUAGCCUGGAGGACAGAUUACAGUGCAAAAAUGAUACACUCCCACUUCCAUGGUUUCAUCGCUUUCGUAUAGCAUGGGAAGUUGCGUCUGCUCUUAUCUUUCUACAUAACUCGAGACCAGAACCUAUCAUACACCGGGAUCUUAAACCUGCCAACAUUUUGCUUGACACUAACUUUGUGAGCAAGAUUGGUGAUGCUGGACUUUCCACUUUAAUUCCUACAUCCAAUGUGCCUUUGUCUACAAUGUACAAGGACACUGCACCUGUUGGUACAUUUUUCUACAUGGAUCCCGAGUACCAGAGAACUGGUUUGGUGUCAGCCAAGUCUGAUACCUAUGCACUAGGAAUGGUGAUCUUAGAGUUGCUGACUGCAAAAUCACCAAUGGGACUUGCUUUUGCCAUCGAAACUGCAUUGGAAACGGACUGUUUGAUGGAUAUUUUGGAUUCUAAGGCUGGACGGUGGCCUGAAGCAGGGGCGAAAGAACUUGCUAAUCUCGGACUAAGGUGUUUAGAGAUGAGGCGCAAGGAUAGGCCUGAAUUGAAGGAUCAGGUUCUUCCAGUGUUAGAGAGGUUAAAAGAUACAAUGGCACAGGCUCAUGUUUCACUACGUGACCCCUCUGUUCCUCCAAAGCAUUUCAUCUGUCCAAUACAGAAGACUGUGAUGGAUGAUCCCUGCAUCGCUGCUGAUGGUUACACAUACGAUCGGUAUGCAAUCGGGGCAUGGCUCAGCUGGAACGAAAAUUCACCGAUGACAAAUUUACCAUUGCCCAAUAAAGAGCUCAUACCAGACAAUUCUCUUCUAUCUGCAAUCAUUGAUUGGAAGGCUAGAACUCAAUGACACCAUGACGAUCCAUCCAUCUUGGAAAGCCAUGUUGCUCUUUCGCCCUACAUAUCCACGUCAAUUAAGUCAAAGAAUGUUUUGGUACUGCUGCUAUGACAGUAGUGCAGAGUCUCUGUAAAUAUAAAAAUGCCCAGAAAAACAUGUUUAGAGCAGAAGAUGACAUUGUAGAGAAAUGUGUAGAGUAGUAUGAAUGUUUUGUGUUGUUAUACGAAACGAAUCAGCCAUGAGAUUUUUUUUUCCUCACUAGCAGUCCAAAAUUGAAUAGUAUGAUCGGAAAACAAGAUUUUCCUGAAUGUAUUCUCAUCAAUUUUUGUGAAUCAAGUCAUUUGAAUUAUUCUAA